AUGAAGGCCAAACAGAAGGCGAAAACACCGACAAAGAUACCGAUGAGUGCUGUAAAGAAAACAGCAAUGGAAAAUACAGCAGCCAGGAUAAUAAACGAGAAGAAGAGGAUGGCUGAAGACGGACAGGAUUGUGUGGAAGUAGACACACAAGAAUUUUCACAGGAGGAGGGAGAUUGGCAUCUGGUCGAGCCGAAAAAGAUGGCGAAGGAUAAGCGCGCCAAAACACAGGAACAGACUACUGUGAAGACUGGCAACAAGGAAGACGACCAAUCAGGUAAUGAUGACGUCAACUCGGAAGAAAUGAUCCACGAAUCAGGUAAUGUCACCACGGAAGACCCUAGAUACGAAACGGCGAGUGAGAUAGAAAUAGAACCGUUAGACUCGGUCGUGAUGCAACACGCGAAUACCUCGUGUAAAGUUGAAUUAAACUCAAGCGUGAAAGAUAAACGAAAUACGAGUAUGUCGGACAGUAGCAGAUCAACGAAUAGAACGGCACGGAAAAUCUUUGAGAAUCGUGCGGGCGUGCUGGAAAGAAUCAAUGAGCUGGAUGCAUCAGAACUAGCUAACCAGAAACAGGGUAUUAAUAAACUAACCAAGGAAACUGGAAUAUCAGCAGAAAUCGACCAGAGGGGAUCGAAAUUUGUCGGGGUAAUCUUGGACUGGGGAGAUAGCAUUCCAGAGCUAUGGAAGUCGAUGGACGACCAUGACGAUGUCAUUCGAAUUGCAAGGAUGUACAGGAAAAAGUGGGACAAGGAAAAGAAGAUUUUGACGGAAGAGGACACAGGCAAUUUGAUAAUUACGUUCACGGGCGACAAAGUCCGUAAAAACAUGGAUAUGUUCGGACGUAGAACGGCGAUAAAAAUUAGACCAUUUAUAGCAUCGGUCAAACAAUGUUUUAAGUGUUUCAGAUUUGGACACAUUAAAGCUCUGUGUAAAAGCAAAGAGAGAUGCAUAAUAUGUGGAGAAUUGGCACACGGAAACUGCACGAGAGAAACAAAGUGUAGAAAUUGUGGAGGUAACCACAGAUCUACAUGGAGAAAGUGCAUAGAAUACGAAAAGAAUAAAAACAUAAAUCUAGCCAUGGGAGUGAACAACGUAUCACGUAUGGAAGCAGAAAGGAUAUUGGCAGGAAAGGAACAAGAUAAAAUACAAGAACAAACAUACAACAGAUAUGAAGCACCUGCCCAAUGGCCAAAACUUACUCAACCAAGACAAAAGAUGGAGGGAAGAUGGGAACACCCACACACAUCUAGAAGAGUAAUAACAUAUGAAGAAGAUAGGAAGAAAACAAGUCUUUAUAAAGACAAAUUAAUAACGCAGAAGAAACAAGAUAAUUACUAUAAACAAUUUGACAAUAGAAGUGAAGAAAUUACAAAAGACAGGAGAGGUAUUGCACUCAAGAAAGCGGAAAGACAAUCAGAAAGCUGGGACAAGGAGACAUCAAAGGAAGAAUCGGAGAAUAUAGGCUGGAGCAAUGAUGACGAUGUCAUUACAAACCUAGCAACGAAAUUAAAAAACUUGAAAUUUAGGAGAACUAUAUUGGAAAUGAUCUAA